GCCGCAGGUCCGCGGCGCGGCGCUGGGCGGAAGAUGCGAGGCGCGGCGGAGGGCCGGCUGUGAGCUGCGGCAGGGGGAGCGCCCCGGCGGUGCCCGCGGAGCGGGGCCGGGCCCAGCCCCAGCCCCCCUCAGGCCGGCGGCGGGGCAUGCGGAUCGGGCCUGCUCGCCGAUGAGAGGGAGGAUGGGCACGCAGGGCAGCCCGGUGAAGAGCUACGAUUACCUCCUCAAGUUCCUGCUGGUGGGGGACAGCGACGUGGGCAAGGGCGAGAUCCUGGAGAGCCUGCAGGACGGCGCCUCCGAGUCCCCCUACGCCUACAGCAACGGAAUUGACUACAAGACCACUACUAUCUUGUUGGAUGGCAGAAGGGUCAAGCUGGAACUCUGGGACACAUCAGGGCAAGGAAGAUUUUGCACCAUUUUCAGAUCCUACUCUAGAGGAGCCCAGGGAAUUCUCUUGGUGUACGACAUCACUAAUCGCUGGUCCUUCGAUGGGAUAGACCGAUGGAUAAAGGAAAUAGAUGAGCAUGCCCCAGGCGUCCCUCGGAUCCUGGUGGGAAACAGGCUUCACCUUGCCUUCAAGCGGCAGGUGCCAACGGAGCAGGCCCGGGCUUACGCGGAGAAGAACUGCAUGACGUUUUUUGAAGUCAGCCCCCUGUGCAACUUCAACGUCAUAGAGUCCUUCACAGAGUUGUCCCGUAUCGUCCUUAUGCGGCACGGCAUGGAGAAGAUCUGGAGACCCAACAGAGUGUUCAGCUUACAGGACCUGUGCUGCCGAGCCAUUGUUUCCUGCACCCCAGUCCACCUCAUCGACAAGCUGCCGUUGCCCGUCACCAUCAAGAGUCACCUGAAAUCCUUCUCGAUGGCCAACGGGAUGAAUGCAGUGAUGAUGCACGGCCGGUCGUAUUCCUUGGCCAGCAGUGGGGGUGGAAGCAGCAGCAAAGGUAACAGCUUGAAGAGAUCCAAAUCAAUUCGACCACCCCAGAGCCCCCCACAGAACUGCUCACGCAACAACUGCAAGAUCUCUUAGCAGGAUGGACGCGCCGUGAGCUUCUAACGUAUCCACACCCACCCACCGAUGUACAGCUGUUUGCACACUUAACCCUUUUCGACUGGAUCCUUUCGGAUGGGCCGCGGUUGCUUUUCCGAUGGCACGCACAAGCGUUAGGAAUGUGCUCACGUUUUGUCUUCGCAUAGGAAGCAUGGUGCCGGCUGGAUCUCGCAGCGCUGGCGGGGAGAGGACUCUGCCAAGUGACCCUCCAAGAAUGCUUUGGGCUUUGCCUCUCGGCCUGGGGUGGAAAAUUCAGCAGCUGCUGGGUUGGGGAGGGGGGAAGGGGGAAAAAAAGCUCAUCCUCCAGUCUCAAUGGAGAAAUGGAUUUAAUGGAAGAUUGAGAGGCUUAAGGGAGUAGGCAAGGAGAGAGUCUGUGCUGCAACUUUAACUCUUGGACUCCUGAACAGAUUGCUGGUGCAAUAGUGAUCAUUGGAUGUAGAAAAAAAAAAAAAAAAACAAAACGGGGACAGGGGACUAAUGACAGUUUUCACCAGGAUGUUAACCUGCUGUUGCCAAAAAAAAAAAAAAAAAGAAAAAAAAAAGGAAACAAGGCAAGAGUUGGCCAACUAGAAAGGAGAAGGAAGCAGUCUGCUUGCCUUCUUCGUUUAUUUAUGUAAAUAUUAUACAUAUAUAUAUAUCACUUGUUUUAUAAGGGUUUUUUUAAGAAGCAGUCAGGGAAAAUUUUAUGCAGCCAUGUAAAUACAAGCACUGGAUUAACUUUCCCAGUGUCAGCAAAAGGGGAGAAGUGGAGGAUUUUCUGGUGAAAAUAUAAAAAUGCUUUAAGGGACUUUCAAUCACUACCUGGGCUUGUGCUAGGGUUUUUUUAAAUAUGACAUAUGCUGAAGGAAAGAACAAUUUGUGCGUAACAUGCCCCAAGCUGCUUUAUUCUCAAUCAUUCCCUAAAACUUGUGAGUGCUGAAGGCUAGGUGGGAUGUAAUGGGUCGAGGGGCAGAGCGGAGAGGCCAGGGUCUUGAGGUUUGCUUUCAGCAGGCAGGACGAAGAGGCAGCUCUGAGGUCAGACUGAUGCCUCACUCGCUUUGCGCCUCCUGAUGCACAGCUCAUCAGGGACUAAGGAGCAGAGGGUGGAAGCAUCAUGCCUAAAGCAGAGGAAAAAUGCUGAAUUUUGUCCCUUAUUGCUGCAAAACCUCAGCUGUCACUUCGAGAGCCCUCCAUCCACAACGCCACCCCAUGCGACAGCCCCUGAAUCCCGGCUGCUUCUUGCUUUGCUUUUCCAAAGACGCUCUGCCUGAGCUAGUGUUGCCGCGGCUCCUCCUGGAUGAAAGUGGGGAAAGGACAGAAGCAGCUUUUCCCACUGGAGCGUGGAGGAGCAGGGACUGGGAAGGUGAAAGGUGUGUGUGGGAAAACAGCAAUCCCCAGGUCCCAUCGUGGCAGAUUUGCUCACCUCCUGUGGCAGCCCCAGGAGAUCAGGAAAGCAAACUGCUUUGCCCUGUAGGACCGCUCCUGGAGUUUAGAGGGGCAUGUGUGCUUAGCGGCAGGAGCUUGAGAUGUGCCCAUGCUGUGGGAGAGGCUCUUCUGUCAGGCAAGCACAUGUGCUUCCCCAGCUUCCCCCCAUGGCUGGUGCUGAAUGGUGCUGAAAAUUCACCUGGAAAUUUAGAAAUAACACCUACCCCUUAUUGCAAAAGCUGAGCGGGGCUUGGCAGUGGGAGUCAGCUAUGUUGACAGAUUCUCAUAGGUGGCCAGGACGUGUGGAUUUGUGAGUAGCGUGGUAGAAAGUAAACUGCUUUUGUGCUGGGGCUGCCUCAGCAGGAGGCCAGCCGCUGCAGUGCUGCCAUCUUCCUCCUGGUGUUAGCAGCUCCCCAGGGCCUGGGCUUGCUCUGCUCACCCCAGGAGAGCUUGUUGCAUUGCACGGGCAGAAUGAAGCCGCAGCAGCUCCUGCGCGGCCGACAGACCCGCUUUGUUCAGGCAGCAGGCAGGGGCACGUCCCUCCACGGGGACAUCUCCUUGCCUUUGCUUCUGAGCCGACCUGGGAGGUGACGGAGCCUUCCCCCUCCCUGCGCUGUAGAUCAGAAUACAAUACAGGGGUAGGUCUCUUGGCUCGUCUCUAGCGUGCUUUAUUGCCCAGCUCAAAUGAGCGACGAGAGAAUUAAACCCCCGGCAGAUGGAGGGGGGAGAAGAAUCCUUUGUAGUGGUGGUUUGGCUCAAGAGUAAAGCUGCAGCCGAGCUCAGCACAGUGGUGCGAAGGCCAGGGGAUUUCAAGAACCUGUCUGGAACGGCUGGCACCUGUUUCCCAUCACUUAACACACAGCAGAAGACAAUCGCUGGCUCAGCAGCCCCGGGAUAUACGGCCAACAGGUGAUCAGCACUGCAAAAGGCGGCUUCUCCUGGAAAACAUCAUCCAGACACUGGGGCCGCUUCGCCAGGCUGCUCCUGGGCACCAGUGUUGUAGGGUGAAGAGGGACGAAGGUUUUCUUCCUGAAAUCACAAAGCUGCUGCAUGUCUAGAAAAACUUGAUGUACCUCUGCUUGGUUUGGCUUUGCCACGUGUGACACCUCCCCAUGCCUUUUUCCCUGCAGUUGAUUUUUUUUUUUUUUUUUUUUUUUUUUUUUGCCCACCCGAUAAGGUCUCAACAGAUCCUGUCUGUAGUGAGGAUGAAAGAUUUACCUGGAGCGAUUACUCAGUGAAAAAAACUUUUUUUUUUUUUUUUUUUUUUAAUUUAAAAGGAAAAGAUUCUUGCAUCUGAUGUCAACACUAGUCUGUAGCUGCUCUCCAACACUUGUACCAUUCCUGAGUUGUUUUUUUGGACUAUCCUUUUAUUUUUUUUAUUCCUUUGUACAGUUAAUGUUGUUCAACUGAUUAUACAUGGUUUUGUUUUGUAUAAAUUAAAGGGGGUUUUGUUGUUUUGAACUACCAAUUGA